AUGGAACCGUGUGCUACUUGCUGCGAUCUAGAGCUCCGUCCGGGCCCGUCCGGCGGCUUCGUCACGGGCGGCUCGGGCCACGAGCUCGAGAGGUCCGGGUCUACGUGCCAGCUAUGCUCGAUCCUCUGGGAGGGCCUGAAGCACUUCGGCUCGGGGAAAGCUGCAGAGGCACAAUGGGUGGUGUUUCGCCAGCACGAUUCCCCCUUCAGACUGCAGUACAGAUGGUCGUCCGAAGGCCAGGACUGGUUGGGUCUGCAUUUCUACACCAAGGACCAACAGGACCCGUUAUCCGCCAUUUUCGUCCCCAACCGGGACCUCACCACCUAUACUGGCAACGCGACGUAUCUCGCACAGAUGCAAGGCUGGGUUAACUCGUGCCUCCAAGAUCACAGCGUGUGCAAGGAGCGCCGGAGCAAGUAUCUGCCGACUAGGCUGCUGGACGUCUCGCGCGAGACAGACACCAUCUUCUUGUUCGAAUCGGCCGGGCGUGACGAGGGGCCUUACAUGGCACUGAGCCACUGCUGGGGGGGCACCGCUCCCCUCGUGACGACGGACAACUCCCUAGAGCGCUUCAAGCAGGGCAUAGCGAUCGACCGGUUCCCCAAGACAUUCCGGGACGCGAUCGCCGUCACGCGAGAGCUCGGGUGCCGUUACCUCUGGAUCGACUCCCUCUGCAUCAUCCAAGACAACCCCGACGACUGGCGACACGAAGCGGCGCGCAUGAAGGACGUGUACGGCAACGCCUACGUGACUAUCGCGGCCGCGGCGUCAGCGAGCAGCCACGGCGGCCUCUUGUACCGGCACGACAAACAUGAUAUCGGGUGUACAGUAGAGCGCCAGGGGGAGGACGGCCGGAAGAUCAGCAUACACGUGCGUCUGGCUUUGGAGCACAGCGCGUACUUCAACGCCCUGCCAUGCACCAGCGAAGCGCGUGAGGCGGCGCCUCUGCUCGAGCGGUGCUGGUGCUUACAGGAGUAUCUCCUAUCGCCUCGCGUCUUGAUGUUCACCCGGUGGGAGCUGUUCUGGGUGUGCGACUCGAUCAGAGCAUGUAGCUGCGGCGAGUACGGCGAGAGCACGCGAGAGAUGGCGUCCGCGGGCGGCAUCAAGCCGAGAUUCGACCAGCUGGUUCGCCAUCCUUCCUCGACGGCGGCGCUCUUUCUCUGGAAGGACGUCCUCCAAAUGUACCUGCAGAAGCAGCUUACCCACGACAAGGACAGGCUGCCGGCCCUGGCUGGGAUCGCCCAGGUCUUCUCGACGAUGGGCCUCGGUCGCUACGUCAACGGCCUGUGGGGGAGCUUCAUCGUCUCCCAACUCUUCUGGCGGGCCGCGUCGACGCAUGGUGGGGGCUUCAGCGUCGUGGCGCGACGGAGCACGGACACAUCGAUGCCGUCGUGGACGUGGGCGUCCGUCUUCGGGUCGUUCAACUGCAUCAUUGGGGGGAGCGCCUACGAGGGGAUCGAUGCCGUCGACGUAUCCUACGAACCGGGGGCAACCAAGCCGUUCGCCGACGUCUGCGCCAAGACUCUGAUAAUACGCGGCCUCCUAGCCGAAGCUCGCGCCUGGGGCGGGGGAGAGCCCACGUGGAAUCCCGCCAGAAGAUACAGGUUGAUCCGGGCGCCGGACGCUCCGGAGUACAGCUGGCUGGUGGAUGUUGCGUCGGAGAUGACUGGUUGCGCGAGUAGCCCUAUGAAGGUCUACAUCCUGUCCGGCACCAAGCCAGGGAGGCCUGGGCUUGUUCUUCGCCGUGUCGAGGGGACCAACGACACCUAUCGAAGACUGGGCGUUGUAGAGAACUGUUCGCAUAGCCAGGACGGGUUGGACUUCACGGAGAUAAAACUAGUCUGA